AUGAAUAUGGAAGUUGAUAUAGACAGAAAUAAAAAAGAUCAGAAUUAAUUGAGAGCUAAUGAUGAUCUUGAACCUGGUGGUAAAUUAAAAAUCAUUGAUUUUUUAGCUAGUGAUUUUAGUCAAAGAAAUUAAGAUGGAUCAGCAAGAUAAUAAGCUGUCAAUUCUAAUGUUGCAAACUCAGUGAUAAGUCCAGGAAGUGGAGCGCUAAACUUUUAAUUGAAUCCAAGUUCCCAAAGACAAAACUAGCCAAAAUAAAAACAGUUUAACUUCAAUUCUAGUCAGAAUCAAGGUUAAGUAAUUCAAGGUGAACCAGGUAGACCAAUUAGAAAAUCAACACUUGAAAGAAUUGAGGAGGAAUCAGACUUUGAGGACACUACAAUUAAUUGGGCUUAAAGGCGAAGGAUCUUCGUUUUAUUUGUUCUAGGAAAUCUAUUCCUAAAUUAUGAUAAUGGUGUGAUCCCAGCAUGCUUAUUUCAAAUAGAAAAGGAUCUUUAGCUAGGCUAAUCACAGAUGGCGCUAAUGGGAUCUUUAGUAUAUUUUGGAUUGAGUGUUAGUAGUUUGUUUGUUAGUUUGAUUUUCCAAAAAAUAAGUGCUAACGUAGUUUUGGGAUUGAACAUGAUAUGCAAUGCUAUUGCUUGUUUAAUAUUCUCAAUAUCUUCUUAAUGGUGGAUUCUGGUAACUAUGAGAUUUAUUCUUGGCUUUACCUAAGCAUUUUGUGUUAUAUAUGCUCCAGUUUGGGUUAAUGAGUUCUCUCCGAGAAAGUCCAAUACUAAAUGGAUGGCAGUUUUACAUUCAUUUGCAGUUAUUGGUAUAAUGGUUGGCUAUAUUUUUGGAGCAUUUACUAUUACGGUUUUAGGAAGAUUCUUGAAUUGGAGAUUUGCAUUCAUGAUGUAAGGAUGGUUCAUGAUUGUAAUAGGUGUAUGCUUUUUCUUCAGUGACAAUAAGGCAUUAGACAUUUUCGCUGCUAAUAGAGCUGCUGAAACUUUAUAAAGAGCAAAAUCAAUAUCAGAUGCUCACAAAGAAAAUAUAUCAAACAAUGUUUUCUAGUAGCCAGGUGAAUAAAGUGAUUAAAACACCCCUAAAAAUCAAGCCUAAUCUUAAAAUUAAGAAAAAAGGUCAAACUAUGACAAUAGAAGUUCAGUAAAUGACGUAAAUAGAAGAAGCGAACUUAUAACAAAUUGGAUAUUCAUAUUCACAACAUGCUCACUAUGCUGCAUAUAUUUCGUAGUCACUGGAAUUUAAUUCUGGAUGACUGCUUACUGCAUAAAUGUUCUUGACGAAGAUCCAGCUGUAGUUACAAUUUUGUUUUCUAUAACAAGUAUUACUGCACCUAUCCCAGGUGCUGCGAUGGCCUUUGGAACUUGCGCAUUCAUAUUUUCAGUCCCCAUUGGGUUUCUUAGUAAUAUUCUCUAUAUUAUGCCAUUAUUAUGGAGUUUGCUUUUCUUUGGAGCAGCUUUAAUUCCUACAGCCACAGGAAUUGUUGUUAACAGUGUGAGUAGAGAGCAUCAAGCUGCAAGUUCAUCUAUGAGUUAACUUAUAUUUAACCUUGGAGGGUUUUUCUUAUCACCAGUCCUAUCUGCUGCAGUAAUGGAUAUGUUUGAUGAUGAGCUAGUUGGUAUGGUUUGGGGAUUUAGAGUAUGUAUAUGGUGGUCAUUCUUCAGUCUAGUUUUCUUGAUCAUUACAUGGGUAGUAGCCUCGAGAAAAUUUGAAAGUUAUCAAUAGUUUCAUGAUGAAAAUGAUGGCCAUAAAUCACCCUUCGAUUAUGAAGAGCAUGAAUUAACAAUGCCCGAACUUAAUCUUGAAAUUCUAAGAAGAAGGAUGCAUUCAUAUUCCUUUUGA